CACCUUUUACGGUCCGCUGAACCCUGAAAGCCACUGCGUAAACAACAACAACAACAAGAAUAACAACAAGAAUAACAACACUGGUAACACAACAACAACAACAACAACUAAGAGGACCUCAGCCUAUACAACACAUCCAGCCGCGCGGAUCCACACCCUCCAUGUCUCUGUGUGUGCUUGUGUCUCCUCCUGUGUCUGUAAAAGUGUUUUGAACCCGCGGCGCCGGCGGAGAAAGUGUCCUCCCGUGUUGUUUUGAAAGCCCUGCGGACGACACCAUGUCAAACGCGGAGGGGUCCGCGCUGCAAGCCCGUUAAACUUUAUUAAUAAAGGAAUUAGCUUCAGGGAAGAGAUGGCUGCUUUUAUUCUCCCACCCUCUCAUCUCCAGAACGGUUGAACGGGAUUUCUGGGCUGAGCGGCCGCCGCUGUUGUCCAUGCGGGCUCCUCUCCUCCUCUCCGUGGAUGGUGCGUAAUAAUAUCAUCUGGAGAGGCCGAGGCCGACAUUUUACCCCGGUCCGGAGGAGCCUUAACUCCGAGGGGACAUCCGAGGACACGCGAUAAGGCUGGGAGGCUGAGAGCUGCAGGGCUGCGACAUGUGAAAAGAGCCUGACCCCUUGACCCUCACAACUCUCAACCUUAGCAGAACUCACUUGAACUGACGUUGUGACUGCGACCUGACACCCUCCUGCCUCGGGCAUGCCUCAGCCGGGUAUGAAUGGGAUGGAGCCUGCGUUUGGCGAGGCCUACGGAGGACACAGGGGUCUGCUGAGCCCCUACCCCCUGGCCAUGUCACCACAAGGGGGCAGGACUGAGUACGACCAGAGCGUGCUCCUCAUGCUGGGCUCCCCGGCAUCGCCAAGGAAACGGCCCUUUGAGUUGCUAAGCGACCUGGUGGACGACGGUGGCUUCGGUGAGGACCUGCACCCAGAGCGCUGGGACGUGUCUGCGCUGGACGAGAUGGCUCGCUACACGAAGCUGGGCCUCGGGGUGGGAGGGGAGCUGCUGGCCUGCUCCGAGGAGGCCGUCCUGAUUGGCCGCUGGGGGAGGAGCCGGGAGGAGCAGGAGGAGGAAGAGGAGGAAGAGAGGAGGAGGAGGGGCGGCAGCAGACACACAGCACCUCCUGUCACCCAGGAAGUCCAGGCCACUGCUGCAGGGAGGGAGGAGGGGCGUAUAUCUGUUGCCACGACAACAGAGAGGGAGUUAUGUGUUGCAGGAAGAGCAGCAGCAGGAGGAGCACAGGAUGGGGGGAUGUCGAGGGAGCGUACAGUGGAGGUAUAUCAGGUGGCACAGGAAGAAGAGGAAGUGGUUGCGGCAGCGGCGGCGGCGGCAGGUUUGGCUCUGGAGCACUGCAGUGAGGAGCACAACUACUCCCUGAGCCAGGGAGGGGAGCUGGGAGCAGGGCCCGGUCACAACUCUCAGACAGAGGAGGUGCGAGUGGGGGAGACGCAGCAGGAGGCGCUGGGCCGGGAGGAGAGCCAGGCCAAGGCUGAGCUAGAUCUGGAGGACGAGGAGCAGGAGGAAGAGGAGGAGGAGGAAGAAGAAGAAGAAGAAGAGGAAGAAGAAGAGGAAGAAGGAGAGGAAGGAACUGAGGAGACGGCGGUGGAAGCUGAACUCUCCAGCUCCUCAGAAACUGAAUGUGAGGUGGAGGCAGAGCCGGCCAGGCAGCCCGGCGGCGAGCGCCCGUCGAAGCGUCGCUGUUUCUGGGAGUACAGGCGCGCUCGCGAGUCGGCCACAAAGAAGAAGCUGGGCGGAGACGUCCACUGGUCUCUGUCCUGGAGCUCCAGCACUCUACCCAGCACACUGUACCGCAGAGAGGGCAAAAAAGGGCGCCGCAAAGCCCGCAAGACGGACGCCAGUGACCUGACGCCAAACCCGCAGAAGCUCCACAACAUCGGCGAGCAGCUGCAGAAGCUCAAUGCUGCCAUCGACGGCAUGGGCCCAGUCAAUGACCUACCUGCCGUGGCCCGCGCCCGGUCCCGUAAGGAGAAGAACAAGCUGGCCUCCAGGGCCUGCCGGCUUAAGAAGAAGGCCCAGCACGAAGCCAACAAGAUCAAGCUGUGGGGGCUCAACCAGGAGUAUGAGAACCUGCUGGGGGCUUUGCUGCGGAUCAAGGAGGUGAUCAGACGGCGAGUGGAGAGCAGCGAGGAAGAGGACACGGACGAGCGAGGGAUGACCCAGCGCCUGGAAGACAUCCUCCGAGAGUCCAGUGGUCCUUUAGUUGCCGGGCGGACCAAAGACUUUGUGCAGAGGAUUCUGGCGGCCAGCGCGGGCAGUCAGAACCAGCGCAAAGAGCCCCCGCAGGAAGGAGACGAGACAGCGGGGUAAACCCACCCAGCGCUCCCCCUCCUCCCUCCUCCCUCCUCCCUCCUCCUUCCACCACCCUCUCCUCGCCCAGCACCACCAACCAACCUGACAUGACCAAGCUUCUCUUCACCACCUCCACUCUCACGGUGUAAAAGUAAGAGCAAAGAGGUGAAGCAGAGGCAGAGAGGCUGGGAAAAUAGAAGAUGAGGAGGAGGAGGAGGAAGGAGUAGCCUAAACAAAAUGGGAGUAAAUUGCCACCCUGCUCCCAGUCCUCUCCUGUUGGCCCUCCAAACAGCAGCCGCCUUCACCGCUCAGUCUCUGCAGGCUGCACCACAACCACCACCAGACCAGAGCUGCUGCUGCCGCUGCUGACGUCUCUGUAUUCUGUGUUCUGUCUGUGUGUGUGUGUGUAUGGUGUGUGUGUGUGUGUGUAUGUGUGCGUGUGUGUUGGACAUGUAACAUACUGUAUGAAUGUGUAUAGUGUUCCUCUCUCCCUCUGUGUGCUGUAUUUGUACCCCAUUGUGCCUAUGAAUAGACAUUGCACUGUUUUGUAGAUGGUUGUAGUUGUCGGCAGGGGACCGGUAGUGAGCCGAGGGCGAGGGGGCAUUUGAGGAUAGAGGAAGUGCUAAAAUAAGGAAGUGGGAGGAGCCCAGGCCUGGAAAACAAAGAAGCGUGUGUGUUGUUUUUUUUUUGUUUUUUUUUUUGUGACUGGGCUCCUAUAGAAACACUGCAUACCAUUCGGAUUGCAUCGGCAUCUAAAAUGUCAGCAAGUGUUGUGAUACACAACAAGUGAUGGAGUCCUGAUGCCAGACCAGCUGUUAACAAACAGCAAACAGCAGCGUGUUUGUUGUGGAAAAGUUCUUGGAGCUUUAAUACCACCACCCCCACAACCCCACCCCCCCCACCCCUCCCUCUUUAACACCCCUUCACCCCAUCAAAAUGUAAGCAAAGUUAAAAACGAAAGAGAAAACUGCACCUUAAUCCAAACUGACCAAAGAUAAACUGAAACUGUUGAACCACUCAGAUGCUGCCAACCAUUACCACAUCAUGAUAUUUUAAAAAGUGACGGAUACACUAAGUGAAAUAUUGUUGAUUGCUGUCACGUUUACCUGCAUGCAUCCUCAAAGGAUGACGUCACUUCACCUAAAUGCACUACCAUCAUGGAUCUGAGGGACCAUGGUGUGACAGACAGGAAACUGACUGGCAGGUGGUCGUUUGUUCAUCCUUGUAGCUCUGCAGCCUGGUGCUCCUUUAGCUUAUCUGCAGUGGCUUUAUUUUUACCCACAAAAGGGAAGUGUCCUCAAUGCCUUCCCCAAGCCCUCUCCUCAGCCCCUGACCUGAUUAUGUAGCGCACCUUCCUGAAUUGCAAUGACAAAUAGAGAAAAACACUUGUAGAUCUAGAAAGCAAAUAAGUUUAAUUUGUUUUUGUUUUUGUUUAUUAUGGUUUUGUUGUUAUUUGGCAAUGCCGCAGCCCACGAAGUGGGUGCGAGUCUUGAGAGUUGAAAUCUGCCUUUUCUUCUGUGGUCUUUGCUGAAGCUGUAGACCAACCUGUCCAAGGUCUCUAAAUGUUGUUGGACAUAAAAUGUCAAGGACCCUUUGAAUUGCACUGUGGUAAGAGCAACCAAGCACCUUUUGAAGAGGGCUUCAGAUCCUCCAAAAGAGAGAAAAAAAAAAAAAAAAGACUCUUGGCACCUUUUUCUAAAGACAGACACUGAUGGAGAAAGUAGUGGGCGCCCAGCGCUUUGUGACCGUCUGGUGGUCUUGGUUAGUUUCAGUAUGGUGCUAGUGUUUGAUGACAGAAUAAAAAAAGCAAUGCAAACCUGAGCGGAGGCAUCAGGCAGUGACUGCUGACUGGGUUUUGGCCUGUGAGCACAUAUUGUUGUAAUAGGCAGUUUGUUUGCAUAAUGACGCCUUUCUGAAGUGCCUGGAGCUUAAAGCCACAGGGACCUGUGUUAUUAUGCCUGAUCUUAGACCCUAUUACAAGGUAAAACGUAACCCAUGACUACUGCUCAGAGCUUGGCCUCACUUGACUUUACUUUAAAAAAAAAAAAAAAAAGAAAAAAGAAAAAAAGACCUGCGGGCUUGUGUAGGAUCCUUUUACAUACUCAGCCAAAAAACGUCAACCAAAAUAUUUUCCUUUCAGUUAAAAACCUGUACAUGGAAACAGUAGCUGGCACCGGUUUCUGUGAACAUCAACUCUGGGAAAUAUAAGGAGAGAAGUGGCUGUUAGCUAAGCAAUCCCCUUUGUUUUUCAACCUUGACAAGCUCCCGCCUGGGCUGCGUUCCAAAGCUGCUGCUCUAUAAGACUGUUCCCCUCCUAUGGAAACUCCGUUUCCUGUCUCGGUCAGGAGAGGAGCCGUUAUCCUUAAACUCUGCUCCUCCUCGAUGUCUCGGAUACAAAAGUUCAGGGUAGUUCAGUGUCGCUCCUGUUUUGGUUUCUGUAUCCUCUUACUUCUGAGAAAUGUUACUCACAGUCACGUGAAUAUAGAACUGUACUGUAAACAGAGGAUUCCUGUUGUUGAGCCGGGAAAGUUCUGCUGCUGGCGAACGGAGCUCUUAGGCUCUGAUGCCAAAGACUGACAGUCUGUGGCUUUGCGAGAAAAGACGCAGCAGCAGGAGCCUCUGUUGUCGCUUCUUAAACAUCACCACAGAAACCUGCUCUGGUUUUUGUGUGAUUAUUUUACGGUAAUAAAAAAAAAAAGAGAGACAGAUGAGUCCAGCAUUGAGGCCAGUAGAAGAAACCUCUCGGCGUGUUUGGUGAAAGGUGCAUUCCUCUCUCUUCCCACUUUCUGUCAGGCCUUGGGAAGCUGGCGCCGCUGCCAGCGGAGUCACAGGACCUCAGGCUGGCAGCAGCUUCCUUCACGUGCCCUCAUGCAACAUGCAAACAGCAGACAACAAGCGUACAGAUGCCUGGAGUUUAACAUGCUGCACAGCCCAUCUGUCACGUCGGAGGAGGUCGAGGUCUUUGGGUUUAAGAGAGAUUCCACGUUGAAUGCAUAAGUGUGUCCUGAUGUUUUCCUUCCUCCAAACUGGUGUUAUGUAACACACAAAACACCAUCUGCUGUGUACAUCCAUCUAUAUGCCAAAAACUGAACCGAAGAGAAAACUGUUGUAGCACAGCGACUUCCUGCCACACAGCCAAACAAUGAACGAGACCUGACGUCAGAUUUUUACGCCACCAGCGAACUCGGAUCAGGGCUUUGAUUGAUACUCCAGCGUUUCGUCCCUUAGAGAAAAAAAAGACAUUUAGACAUUUCUGUGUUAUGGUAUAUCCCUUUAAGUGUGAAGCUUUAAUGGGGAGGGGCCAUUCUUGGCAAGGCCACUUGUCUCGGCUCACAUUCCUGAUUCAGUUUCCCAGAAAGCCUGUGUUUAUGUGUACCUGGAAGCAGGAGGCCGAUAUUUCAGGGGGGAAACUUGAAUGACCCAAAGAUGUCCGCCGUUUGGUCACGUUUCUGUGUCCGUCCUCAUGACAGGCAUGACCUGCUGAGCUCAGCCCGGGUCAACCCGACGAAUACAUGAGUCUCAGCUUACAGAUUCAGACGACUUUGGCCUAAUAUGGACAAUGACUUUGCAAAAACUGGACGAUUCUUAUCUGAGUUACUUCCUCAUUGGGUGUCACCAUCUGCCAGAGACAGGGAGAAGUAAACAGUCCUGAAACUUUGUCUGUUGCUGAUGUGCUCUUUUCUUUCCUCAGAGAGAGAGAGAGAGAGUUUCGGGAAGGAGAAAGUUUCUCUGUCCUCACAGCGAAAGUUGGAUCCACCUCAGCUCGUUGCGAGGCGACCGUGAUAGUUUCAAACCCCCUAAGAGCCCACUCGGUGUCAGAUGUAUACAGGCAGAGCAGAUUUCGCUCAGAUGGAUUGUGUUUAAGUGGAGCUGCUACUGAAUAAAUCUGUUUUUAAUGCAUUAACUCGAGCCUUGUAACAUUUAGCUGUGGCCCUUAAGGCUCUGUUCUGCUGCUUCCCCAUAUUUAAAGGACCUUUCUUUUGUGAUUGGCGGCUCCAGUGUCCGCUGGGAGAAGCUGUGUCGCGCUCUGGUUCUGUUGCCAGUGUGAACAGAGCAUCCCGCUCCCGGCUCUUUUGUCCCCGGCGUUAUCUUUUUGCACUGGUUCUAGUUUGUGGCUUUGGAGAUUGAAACUUGUGAAUGUAUCUCGGUGCCUGUGUGAAUUGACAAUUGACUCCAAUUUAGUAUUUAAUAAUGAUGCACUUGUUGAUGAAUCUACACAACUGAGGAUAUUUAGUUACAAAAUAAUGAAAACACAUCGUGCUGCCUGCAGUAAUUAAAAGUUUCUGUUAGCAGACCAGUAAUAUCUGUAGCUUAUAUUGGAGAAAUAUGGCUGCUGGAGGACAUAGUGCCUGGAGACGCACUGCUUUGAAAUGCCUCCAGUGGACAUUUAAAGUGCAACAAAGACACAAGUCGUUUAACAAGCUAAGCUAUCAGUAGUAGUAAUAUUGGGUGUUUGCAGCUUGUGUCUGCUGCCUGUCUACAUCAUUGUAAACUGAACAGCUUUGGGUUUUUCAAAUUUUUGUCAGGAAAAAUCAAGCACUUUGAAACCCGGAGCCUGUGAUGGGCAUUUGUCACCAACUUUUCUGACAUUUUAGAGACUGAUUGAUUAAUUGAUCGAUGAAUACACUGCAAAAAUGAUCAUUAUUUGCAGCUUGAAAGGUUUCGGGUUGGACAGCUGCCUGUGUUAAAUUCUGCCUCGCUCGGAGGUGUUUCUCUACGUUGGUGUUGACGUGCUUUGAUUAAGACGUUCGGAUUCUUAAAAAUCCUCCCUGCUUGAAAAACACUAACCUGAGUCCAGGUAGACACAUGUAAGAGUUGUGUCAGACUUAGGAGGACAGGCAGAAAGCGUUUGCCUCCCUCCGUCACCAGCUGUCAUGUGACCGCAGUGGGUUUUUGGACCGGGCGUUGAGGUGGGCUGAAUAGGCCCAUCAGUAAGCCUACACUGGUGGGACGCUGCUGACCUCCAGCUGCCCGUCCCCACUCCGCUCCGGCGCUCACAUUGUCGGAGACACUCGGGCUUCUCCGGUUUCAAAGGCGAUGGGCCUCCAGGCAGAGGAGGCCAGGGGAAACCGCACUUAGCUGGGGCCUCGGAGAAGUUUAUCCAAAACCUUUUAAUCCCCUCCACCACCUCCGCCUCCGCCCCCCUGUCACACUCUGACAGCUGCAGAGGAGGCCUUCAGUCGAAUGGCUGCCGCCCACUGUGACGCCCUAGCAUUUUGAUGCCCCUGUCUUCUUUGUCAUUGACCUGGAAACCUCCAUCUGGGAGGGAGCCAGAUGGGGGAAGGUGUUAGUUUAGACCUGCGGGUCCACAUAAGUGAAGCUGAGAGGUGGAGGAAGCUGGAUGAGGCUAUCUCCAGUGUGUGCCUCUGAUGUCUUAUCAUUACAUUCAAGUCUCUGAGCUGAGCAUCUGUUUUUAUGAAGCAUAAAUCUCUGGCCGUCUUUCAACAACCCAGAAGGCUGUUUGAAAGCCCUGAAACCCAUUUCCUUCAUCAGCGUAUUACUGUGAGUGAUGAGAUCCUACAUGUGCACACAAUUUUCUGCCCGAGUUAAAACACUUUGGGUUAUUUUAAAUGAGACAUUUCUGAAUUUGUGUUUUUCUCUCUCUGCUUUUCUCACUGGUUUAAAGUGAACUUUGCGAUGACAGUUCUUUGGUUUGUUUAGCCACUGUCAAUCAAAUCUGAUCAAACCACACCCCCCUCAGUCCUGACAGAGCAGAUUAACUGAGCGAUAAACUCUACAGAAAUAACACUUAAGGAUGUUUAGUUUCAAAUUUUAACUUCAAUCGUUGCUUUUUUCGUCAUAAAUUUUUGACAGAGAAAUUUCAGGAGCCUUAACAACACGUAGCGCUGUUUUAAACAUGUUUCCAGAAUCUUUAAAGACUCUUUUGUCUUUGCGGAUAAAAAAAUAUAUAAAAUAAAAUAUUUAGAUAUUUAGCCAGUUUUCCAAAUUGUGAAUCCAUUCUUAAUCCAGAAACAGUAACUGUAGAUGACACAUCUACUUUCUGGUUUUGUAGCAUCGGUCAGAAGCUGGUUAGCUCAGCUCAGCAUUAAAACCAGGGGGAACCACUAACAUGGUUUACUCCAGAGGUCACACAGUCCACCUACCUGCACCUCCAUUAAACUCACUGAUUAACACAUCAUAUCUUCUGUUGUAUGUAUGUAUGUGUUUAAUCUGUACAGAUAAAGUGUGGAAAUGAAAACUGGUGCUUUGAUGGGAGGUUAGUCCUGACAGCCUGUGAGGGCUGUACACAGUGACAGCAUCCCACGGGUGAACGGUGGGUGGUGAAAGUUUAAAUGACCUCCUGAGUUUUUGAAAUAUCACCAGAGAUUGGAAACGCAGAUGCUCGGCUCCGUGUCCUAAAUGUAAGGCUGAUUUAUGAGAGGCGGCCGAGACUCACCCCGUGGCUUUAACCAAAACCAAGUCAGUCGUUUCUGUCGAGAUCAGAGAUCAGGCCGUGGACGUGAGCAGGACAAGGACAAAAACACUGUGUCUCACUAUAAAUGAAAUGAUUAAAAAAAAAAAAAGACUGAUCACGUCCCUGCUGGUUCUUAAAUCUGUCUGCAAACAUGCUGAACGAUGGGAGGAAAGGAAAAACCAAGAGACAAGAAACAUUCCACAAUGCCAUGUCAUAUACUGUACAGCAACCCUUACUCCUCCUCUUCUGUUCUCCUCCCCCUCCUCCCCCCUCUGUCUGUCUUUCAGUAACCCAGUAAUCACAGUACUACAGUAA